GCACAAACCAAAACAAUGCACGAAGCAAAUGCACACAAAGCGCGUAUAACGCAAAUUGAGGAAUUUAUUAACGAUGUGCUUAAGGAGGAUCUUAAGCAGCUGGAGCACCACCUCAAUCAGUUCAACGAGGAGAUCAUGGAAUUUGUACAAUUAAAGAACACACUGCAAACCUUUGGCGACCACAUGCCGGAUGGCUACAAAACGCAACUUAACAUUGGCAGCAACAUUUUCAUGCAGGCGCGCGUCAAGCAAAUGGACAAAAUACUUGUCAAUGUGGGCAAAGGUGUCUAUCUGGAAAUGAGCAUGGAGGAGGCGAUACACUACAGUGAUGUGCGCAUCAAGAUUCUCACCAAACAGGCGGACGUGGUUCGCGAUGAGAGCAUUAAGAAGCGCUCCCAAAUCAAGAUGUCCCUGAUAGCGAUCAGUGAGCGGGAGAAACUUCUGCAGCAACUGGACGAAAGAUAGUCAAUUGUGAAUAUCGAACAAUGAUUAGGAUUGGUUGUAUCAGAAAUUGCUUAUUGAUGUAAUACGAUUCUUAAUAGAGUUAAGUGAAUAUGAUUAUUAACUUUUAUUUUUGAUAUUAAUGAAGUUUUCAAUUUGUCCCAUUGAAUAGAAUAAACUAGAAAAAAUGCGAA